AAUAAUACGAAAUUUGUCUUCUCUUUAAGACAAAUCUUUCUUCGUUAAGAAUAAAAUAGGUGACAGGCGAUGAAGGGGAUACACCUAAUCGCCAUUGCCUUUUUGGCAUCUUGGACCGUGAUCACUGCGAGUAAAUUACCUAUUAUUUUUGAAACUGAAGACGAAUGUCCAGUGCUAGACAUUUUUCCGCACAAAUUAAUAUCUCACAAAACGGACUGCACUAAAUAUUAUGAGUGUAAAAGCGGAUAUAAACAAUUACUUUCUUGCAAAGUCGGUCUGUACUUUAGCAAAAAAUGGCAAGGUUGCGUCCGUCGGGAAAUUUCAGAUUGUCAACUCCCGCCGAUUCCGACUCCAGACCAAAAUGUUGAAUGUCCAGUACAAAAUGAGUGCCCGUCGAAAUUAAUACCUCACAAGGAAUGCGAUAAAUAUUAUGAGUGCAAAGACGGUGAAAAACUAUUACGUUCUUGCAGAUCCGGUUUGUACUUUAGCCAAAAAUGGCAUGGUUGCGUCCGUCGGGAAAUUUCAGAUUGUCCGAUUCUGACUGAUGAAUGUCCAGUAGUAGAUACUUGCCCAUUGACAGUAAUAACUGACGAAACGGAUUGCACUAAGUAUUACGAGUGUAAAAACAGUAAAAAGGAACCGCGUUCUUGUAACCCUGGUCUAUACUUUAGCAAAAAAUGGCAUGGUUGCGUUAGACUAGAGAUUUCGGAUUGUUUUCUGACAACUCAAACUCCGACAACUCCAACUCCGACAACUCCAACUCCGACAACUCCAACUCCGACAACUCCGACAAUUCCGACUCCGACCCCGCAAUGCAUAAAUGGCGAUUUACUGCAACACGAAUGUACGUGUACUAAAUACUACGUAUGCGUAGCAGGUCACAAAGCUCUAUUUGAGUGUCCGGCCGGCAACCACUUUGAUAAUUUAACAAAAACUUGUCAACCAGGUACAGAUUGCCUUCAAGUAACUCCAAGACCAAUUUCAAGUCCGACUUCAAUUUCAAUUAUAUCUCAGUGCACAGAAGACGAAUAUACGCCUCAUGAGUAUGAGUGCAAGAAAUACUACGAGUGCAAAGUCGGUCGAAAGGCUUUGCGUGAAUGCAACGAUGGAAUGUACUUUGACGAAGCAUUGCGAACAUGCGUUCUAGGUCAAUGUUUGAAUGAUCCUAUCGAGGGAUAAAUCCUUUGGAACAUUAUAUAAUACGUAAAUUAUGUCAUCGACCACAUAGACAAUUUCGAGAAAGACAUACUUUUAUGCUCCGACUGUUCAAAUCAGAAUAAUUCUUGGGACCCACAUAAAUUACAUACAUAUUUAAAAUAUAU